GCGGGGAAAUGCAACGUCCUCAGCCGGGAGCAAGGGAAGGAAACAGCGCCUUGGACGAAACUCCAGAAAACUGGAAAAAGGGGGACUAGAGGAAACAGUUUAUUCACGUUUCAGUCGGUGAUAUAAGCUACAUUUUGUUUAUUUUUAUGUUGUUUACCUGGUGUUCUUUGAGACUGACUGACAAUGGGGCAUGAAAAAGAAAAUUCACGAAAUUCCGUGCCGUUCCAUUGAAAGCAAGUUUACUCAUGGAGUAAAGAAAGGAGCAAGUCGGGAGUCAUGAGCACAGGUGUGAAGAAGCCGCCAGUGGCUCCCAAACCCAAACUCGCCCCCUCGGUGAAGCUCUCGCCUCCUCCCAUCGCUCCCAAACCUGAUCUUCUCCUCUCCCAGCCUUCCCAACCCUCCCUCCUUCUUACCCAACCCUCCCCUGCUGCGCUAAAGAGAGCCAAACCUGCUGUGGCGCCCAAACCAUGCCUCUCCAAACCCUCCGCCCCWSMAGCCCCGGCUUCUCCCCCACCCCYCAGACCCAGAGUACCCCAAACCCCUUCCCAGRAGUGCMGSGGGGCUGGGGACGASAGCCUCUCCUUCCUCAACUCCAGAAACGGGAUCCUGUCGCAGCCCAUCCUGCGCGACUCGGWCUACAUCAUUCCUACRUGCUCCUGYGGACUCCAGGACUGCUCCCAAUGCAAACGACUAGGGAAUGGGAACGUUACAGAGGUCGGGAGCGAUACGCUCGGCUCCUGGCCAAACGGGAAUGCCACGGAAAGCAYUGGAACGCUGGUAGCCAAUCGGCCGGGUAAAACAGAGAACGGAGACAGUGAGRAGAGCGGAGGAGUGACCAACACCCUCCAUCUCAGGCUCAAGGACAAACCCCAGAGASAGGAGGGGCAGAGGGAUGGAGAGRGGAGCAGGGAUGAGGAGAAGCUGCAGGGGAACAAAGAGGAGAGRCAGAGGAACCAGAAAGGACAGGAGGGUCAGMRGUAUCAGACUGGKUCAGGGGACCAGUCAUGUAAUGUUCUUGAGGUGGCAGAAACACUUACACAGACUAAAGCUUCUAAUGCAGAACAGACAUACACUGACAGCUGUAAUAUAGACUGCAAUGAGACUGACACCAUUCCCACUCCCCUCAUCCUCCCACUGGAAGUCUCCCCCAUUCGCACCCCCCCACAGACAGUCCCCCCCACCCGCACCCCCUCUCAGAUAGUUCCACCCACCCGCACCCCCCCACAGAUUUUACCCCCCAACCUCGCCCCCUCCCAGGUGGACAGUGAGCCUGACAGCACCCCCUCCCACGCAGACAGUAGUACACAGUGUUCCAGAAUACCCAGGUUACCCACUGACCUCACAGUCCCUGCCGCCCCCAGUAAGCCCCUGCCCGUGCCGCUGCCACGCAAGCCCCGUAAGCUAGCCCUGGUAAGGCAGGACGGCCUGGAGGCCAGCACCCAUGAGRGGGAGACAAAGAACCGCACACAGGGGGGAGAGGUKGGGGAGACUGAGGGGAKUGGGGGGAGAUGUCUCACCUCAGAGAAGGAAGAACACAMCCAGGGAGUGUAUGACAGUCCCUCACCCUCCCAGGACCCUGAAGUUGAAGAGGAGCCUCACCCUGUGCCUCCACCUAGACAGAAGUCCCUCUCCCCCCGCCUCCACAGAGCCAUCCACUGUCCCCCCUCCCUCAACCGAAACACCUCCCACUCUCUGGACUUGCUCUCUCAGCCUGAGCUUAACGCACUGACCUCAGAGAGAAGAGGAGGAGGAGGGGAGGAAGAGGAGGAGAAGGAAGAAGAAGCGGAGGACGGGUACGGAGACUUUGAGCGCUACCCUAUCACCCGGAGCCUGCCCAAACAGAUCAAGCUCAGCUGCCGCCCGCCCCCCKUCGGCAUGACAAGGAAGGCCAGCUCAGCGGAAGAGGGGGGGUCACCCAGGGCCCCGCCCAGGAAGCCCCAGAGACACAGCCUGCCAGCGGGUGCCCCCCCGUCCAUCACCCCCCCUCCACCYCCUCCGCACCACGCCAACACCCCCAUGAGGGAGCUGCCUGCCACCCCACAGGAGAAACCAGCCUGGCGCUUCCCAAGGCCCUUCUUCAGCAGGCAGAGCUCCUCCAGACACAGCAGCGGCRGCAGCAGCCRAGGGSCCCCCCARGGGAAAGCAGCUCUKCUGGGGGGGAAACAGAGGGCCCAGUCCUUCUCCUCGGCUGACCUGCUGGCYCGCGCCGACGGCACCAAGAGGAGCCUUUCCUUCCGGAAGCUUCUGGAGCUGCGGUUGUCUGUCAGGAUGUUGCCACGGUUACUGGCCAGAAGCGGCSAGUCUCUGGAUUGUACCAGCGUGGAGCCGGGCGGRSGGRMSGGGAYGGUGGACCAGUCCRACGRCAGYRCGGGGGUGUCUGGCRGGGAUGGAGAGGGGUCGGURGAGUAUGAGAAYGUUCCUCUGUAUGAGGAGAUACCGGAGUACAUGAACCUGCCUUUCCUCAGCGCACGGCUGGGCUGGCCACUYACACACAGUCUGGACCCAAGCACACACAGACACAGUGACUCAGACGUCUAUGAGGUGCAGGAUCCAUACGAGAGCCACUGCGACUAUAAGCGACCCCAUUCCAUUGACUAUGAGAGGGGCUGGCAUGGAUUGGAUGAUGCUCACUCUGAGGAGGAAGUCCACAGCUCUGACGAGGAUGACAACAGCUCCACCUCCAGCAAGGAGCACCUGGAGCUGUCAGAAGAAGACAGACAGCAAGAGGAUGAGGUGAAGAGGAAAAAGGUGGUGCAUAUCGCCCAGGAGAUCAUGAGCUCUGAGAAAGUGUUUGUGGACGUCCUGAAGCUUCUUCACAUAGUAAGUAUCAGUUAAGCCGCUGGGCUUUUGAUGAGCACCAUAUCUGUGUGUUAACCGUGUGUUAUCUGUGUGUUAUCUGUGUGUUCAGUGGUGUUACCCAGCAAGCCUUCGACUAGCUGUGCUGUGUUGCCUUUCUCCCCUGCCCCCGAGGCAGCAGUUCUCAGCAGU